GGCGCCAUCCUCGCGCAUUUCUGCGGACGGGCUAUCCGCGAGAUGGAGGGCCGCGCGGAUGACAUGAAGAAGGAGCUCAUGAAGUACGCUGCCAGUCUUGGAGUCCCCGCCAGGAAGCCGGCGGCGCCGACGCAGUGGCGCGCAGUCGAAGACGUGCGCGAGGAUUGCAAGCUGCGGGAGGCCGCUCAGCGGCAGUCGUCCCCGGCGCGCGCCGGCGAGCCAGGCGCUGACAGCUCCGACCUGGCGACGCCGUCACUUUCACAUGGGCCCGCGUCGGUGCAGGCCUCGGCGCGCGUAGGCGAGCCAGGCGCUGCCAACUCCGGCCUGGUGCGCGCUGGCGGGCCCGGCUCUUCCAGUUUGAGCCAGGCACGCGCAGCGCCGUCCGCCCCCGCCACGGUUGCACGGAAAGCGGUCGCGGGCGCGGCCGAUGUCACCUCCAGCGACGUGCGGAACAUGAACCGGAAUGAGUUGCGUGCAGUGGCGACCUCGUUGGGGGUCGGGACUCGGGAGAACAGCAAGAGUUCGGAGACGCUCCGGGCGGCGCGCCGUCGCGCCCUCCCGCAGGCCACGCAGCGACAGGGCUCCCGGGCGGGCGCGAGUGAGCCAGGCGCUACUAGCUCCGACCUGGCGGCCCCAGCAGCUUCGCGCGAGCCCGCGUCGGUGUCUUGCGCUGCCAGCUCGAGCCAGGCGCAGGUUAAAUCGCCUGUCUCCGCCACCGCGACGCAGAUGCCGGCUGCGGGGCCGGGCCGUGUCACUUCGACCGACGCGCAGAACAUGACGAAGACAGAGUUGCGUGCUUUGGCGGUCUCGUUGGGG